GGGUAGAGUUAUUUUUGGCAACUGACAUCGAGGAUGGUUUCGUCAUGAGAGGUAUAACUCCAACUCGACCAGGAAAGUUGGCUAAGUGAAUACGUACCGGCCUUUUGUAGACAGAAAUAUAUCACCAUCUUUCCAACAUGUUUAGGAAAAAACCGGAUCCAAAAGAACAAAUGAGGCAACAGAAAAGGCAGCUGAACAAAACACAGAGGGAAUUAGCCAGGGAUCAAAAUGCUCUUGAGAGGCAAGAAAAACAGCUGGAAGCAGAGAUCAAGAAAAUGGCAAGACUUGGAAACAAGCAGGCUGCAACAACUCUGGCUAAGCAGCUGGUAAACCUACGAAAACAGAAAACAAAAAAUAUGACUGUAAGUUCCCGUGUAAUGGCCAUUGGGCACCAGUCACAAGCUAUGCAUGCAUCAGCAAAAAUGGCAGGAGCUAUGUCCACAGCUACUAAGACCAUGGGAAAUGUAAAUGCCCAGAUGAAUCCAGCACAAUUACAACAAACUCUGCGGAACUUUGAAAUGGAAUCUUCAAAAAUGGACAUGAAGGAAGAAAUGAUGAGUGAUACUCUAGAGUCAAUACUAGAUGAAUCAGGAGACGAGGAGGAACAGGAUGCAAUUGUCAAUCAAGUUCUUGAUGAGAUUGGCAUUGAAAUAUCUGGGAAGAUGGCAGAAGCACCUUCUGCGCAUGCCGGUAAAUUACCAACGGGACAACGGGCAGAAGCAUCUAAAGGAGCAUCAGAUGCAGAUAUUGAGGAGAUGUUGGCUAAUUUAAAGGCCUAAACAUCAUGGUACAAAAGAUUGCCUUGUACUGUGUGAAUAUUUAGGGUUAAUUUUUGCAUGCUUCACCAUCACUCAUUUUCUUUGAAGAAGUUUGGAAAAAAGUGCUGAAACCACUGGACUGUUUUUACAUUGGAAAAAAGUUUCUGUGAAUUCAAACUCUCAUUCAAAUUUGAGGAAAAUUGUAACAGAUACUUGUCACUGAUUUUUGUCACUGAUUUUGGUUGUUACCUUCAUGUUAAAACUAUGAUUCGACAAAGGGUGUCUUGGGUAAAAAAAUGUACAGGUUAAAUUAAUUACUAUGCUUUUUUGUUGGUCAAAAAUGGUCUCAAUUUAUUUUUUGCACGGAAAAAUAACAUUGCAAGUGCGAUCUUCCUUUGAUUCCAGUAAAAUUCGUCGCGGAGGUCCUUUCUUUUAAAAGACAAGAAAGCUCCCGAAACUAUAUAAUUUUUCUUUGCGCCAUCAAAGAGUUCACUAGAAAAAAUUGAUACUUACCGCGAUUUAAGAUUCCAAAGGGUUUCCUGGACACAGCUGAUUUGAAAACAACGAAGUAAUCUGGCCACCAUUCUUGAACCUUAAGGCGCUUCACAAACGAUUGGGACGAACAAAGAAAUGCUGCUGCUUAUUGUUCAAAAAGACCUCCGAGAAAUGGGUAAAAAGAGGAGAUAGACUUUGUUUUGUUCAAGGGAAGCGGCUAGGUUGCUCAGCAAAAUUUAAAAUACAUGGCGGCUUACACUGUCGAAUUUUACCAUUUAAAGAUAUUUAGGUUACCCUUCGGAACCUCAAAAAGACUUGAGUGCAGGAGGGCUUGAGUUGCCUGUCCACAGGAAAGAAGCGUGCGAUGCAAGAGUGCAAGGACGAGCGAGGCGUGCGAGUAUUCGCGUUCGUUGAUUCUCCGGCCCGUGGCCAUUAUUUCGCUUGCUUUUAGGAAAGAUAAAAAACUGUGAACAAAAAAGGAACAAAUAGUUGAGAAUAACGAGGAUCUUCUAUAGUUAGCUUAAUGUAAUCAACGCAUUUGUUUAAAAAAAGAAUUAGUAAAUCAUGUAUGAAAACCUGUAGUUCGUGAUAUUUUCAGCAAAAUGGACAGAGGAUGAAGGGAUAGUGAACAGGACUCGUCAUUUGAGAGAGAGGAAAAAGUGAAUGACGGUAUGUAAGCGGUGUUCAUUACCCGGGCAGCGAAUGAAAUAGGUUUUGCUCUCUCUGUCCAUGUUACAACUUGAGUGUUGACCCCAACUGUGCAGAGCGUACAAAUAACUAAAGGGAGUGUCCCAACCUCGUACGUAGGCAGUAAAACAAUA